CCUGGCUUCGCCACUCGACUUGUUCGUGGUAUUGGUAAGCCAGGCUGGUCACGAGCCUACCAGUACCGUAUAACCUAUCGUCCACCAGACUCCCAAGCUCUGGCGUACCUGUUCCUGCACCGAUGGAGGCAUUCCAUAGCAAGUAUCUGUACUCGGUGCCAUGGAGAAGACACUUGUAUGCAAAACUAUCCGACUGACUCGGACUGCCAUAUUGCAUCUCAAAAUGCAAACAACAGGCAUCGAGUUGCAAACUCGUAACCUCAGUAUGGAUGACAUUGCCUUUCUCACUGCUAUCCCUUCGCCGAAAUCCCACUAUGUAUUGGAUGAGCUACAAUAUGAAUUAUGGGGCAGGUCGUGGUGCGUAUUUGUACAUUCACUUCUUCUCACCCUGCAUCACAACCACAAGGGUAUCUCUGCUCACGCUCUCGAGCGAGAUGAAGAACGACGCGUCAUCUUCAUGAACCAUAUUGUCGAGAUAGCUUUGGAUUUGAAAAUGCUGAAUUUUGGUGACGAAGCUGCGAAAGAUGAAAGGACAGUCGACUCGCGGCCGAUGUUCGAAAAUUGGAACAAGGUUCGCUUCAUUUACAGCUUAGUACCAGUCGAAGUGUACCGUUUCUUUCUCAAUGACCUUUCAGAGUGACC